ACCAAAUACCAAUCUCAAAAAUUAAAAAGUUAUAAAUCUUCCUGAAGGAGCUUUUGAAGUGUGGAGUGAUAAAAACAAUAUUUUACAUAAUAAAUCAAUAUGAAUAGUAUCAGAAUCAUGCACAGAAUCCCUUUCCGCCAGUGGCGAUCUAUAUCACGAUGUGCUUCAUUACAUCAAGAAGUAACAGAGGCGAUCUCACCUUUGACCGUUCCACCUCCAGAAGGUGUAGAUAAACCAGUUUCAGCAAAACUUGAGAAAAUUGUUACGGACAUCACAAACCUCAGUUUACUCGAAGUAUCGGAAUUGAGUCAGGUAUUGAAGAAAAGGUUGAACUUGCCUGACGCUCCUGUUAUGCCCAUGGGAGGUUUUGCUAUGGCUGCGCCUGCUGCGGAAGAGGAAGAAGCUGCCCCUAAGGCUGUUAAGACUAGCUUUACGGUGAAAUUGACCAAAUUUGAUGAGAAACAGAAAGUUGCACUAAUCAAAGAAGUCAAGAGUCUACUGGAAGGUUUCAACUUAGUGCAAGCUAAGAAGUUUGUAGAGAGUGCACCGACGGUGGUAAAAGCUGAUAUUUCCAAAGACGAAGCUGAGAAAUUAAAGGAGGCACUCACAAAAGUUGGAGCGGAGAUAGAAAUAGAUUAAUUAGAUUUAUAUGCAAUAGUUUGUUAAUUAGUUAAGUAGUCAAUAAAAUUAUGGAAAAUGGA